AGUAUCAUCAGUUACAGCAUCUGUAGAUUUCUUUGUAAUGUUACUUACUUUGCAAGGGAGAACAAACUAGCUAAAAAGCCUGGUCACAAGAAAAUUUGAACAAUGAAUUUUUACCGUUUCCCUCUCUCUAGCUGCCUAAUGUCCAAGCUCUUUGUUUCUGGCUUCCUGUUGCCAUUAAUUUUUUAUGCAUACUGGUUCUCAUUAGCAUUGUUAGUUCCUCUUCAGUGUUGUCCCAAAGGUAAUAAUUGGCCAUUUUAUCUGAAAUGGAACUAGAAGAUGAUCAGCUUCUCCAGUUCUUCCGGAUGUCAAGUGUUUGACUUCAUUUUUUCCAGUCAAUGAUGAGAUUAAUGGCAUGGCUAAUGUGCACUUGAAUUAGAGAGUAAUUACCAGUAAUCAACAGAGUUUUAUUUUCUAUGCUUCUGUAUAGGAAGUGCAAACAGGUUUGGUGUGUUAUCUUUGUCAACUUCUUUGUAAGAUACCUUCAUACCAUUGAAUAGUAGGGCUUAAGCCUAGAAGUCACUGAAUUGUUUUUGUAUUUGUUAAUGGCUAUACAGAGUUGUAGAGCUGCUGAAGCUUGAUUUCUUAAUGCAUUUCUUCAUGCAUUAGAAUACCUUUACUGAGGCAAAGUAUGAGCUCGUAUGUAUUUAGUUACAUGAAUUGUGAUAGAAUGAGAAAACUGGCUAGCUAGUAGUUAAUAGAUGAGUGAGGUUUUUUAUUUUUCUGUCACCCAAACCUGCACAGUAAAGCUCACCUCAGGGGUAGGGUAGUGCACUGGUCAGAUUUUCCCCUCCGCUUCUUUAGUAUAUAUGCACACAAUUAUCCAUCCAUUUAUUUUAGAAGUUUGGCUUGAAGGAAAACACCCCAUUGUCCCCAAUCGGAUUCUGUAGUUGAGGCAGAACAGUGUGACAAACAAUGCACUGAGGAGGUGGCAUCUAAUAAUAUGCCUAUCCUACAUCUCCAGUUAAACACGUAGAUCCUAUUUACUGUAGGCAAAUCUGUAUAUUUUCUUCAAGCAGCAGCUUUGAGGGGAAAAAAAGCAUAGAUAAUAGGUAAAUCAUAACUUCAGUGUAAUACUGAAUUUAAGCAACUUUGCUACCUGAAUCUAAUAGGUAGAUUAUGAUAGGAAAUCUUGUAGGAGUAAGAGUUUUAAGUUAAUUUGAUGUGUUUGUCAUUCUUACUCUGGAAAUUCAGGACAAAAGAAAGCUGAGAGGACAGUUAGAAGAUUAAGGCUGAUUAAAGGAUGGAAAGCAAAUAAUACUUCUCAGCAGGACUUACAGGGGUUUGAGGACCCACAGAGGACGUUUGCUGCCUGAGUCGUCAUUGUCAGGGAACUGACACUUCAGGAGGGUGUUGGCGUUGAGCAGACAUGAUGCUCAGUGGAGAGGGGCAUUGAACUUCUGGCUGGGUUUGUAUGUGCUUCCAAAAAUGUGGGCAAUACCAGUGUUAGACUGGCUUACCUGUAAUGUUAUGGGACUUGCAAUUAAAUUUUAUCCAGAAUCGAUGACCAGUAGUGCUUAUAAACUGAACACUGUACAUUAAAGGGAUCUGGUAACAUUGCUAAGAAUCUGAGAAAUAGUGGUUAAGACAUUUGGUAAGUAUAAAACACUUCUUAGGAAGGAAAAACUUCCAAGGAGGGUUUGUUUUUCAGUUGUUUCUCCAUCCUUACAUUAUGUGUAGCUGGCUGUUGGUUUAUUUACUGUAUAGAAUCACAGAACUGGAGGCAGGAGGGGACCGCUGGAGUUGAUCUUCUCCACCGCAGCUAGGCAGGUCACCUGGAGCAGGUCGCACAGGAUGUGACCACAGGCAGUGAGUGUCUCCAUGGAUGAAGACAACACAAGCUUUCUGGGCAGCAUGUUUUAUCACCUUUUUUCCCCCCCCCCACCUAAUUUAUUUUUUAUUUCUCCGUAUUGUGGUGUUGCAAUGCAGGUCUUUGAGGCUGAGACUUGUCGGUAAAUUCAGCCAGAUCAUUACUGCCACGGCAAACUCGGUGUAAACACAACUGCUGUGAGGUUUGGUGUAAGGAGGGCUAUAACCAGCUUGUAGCCAAGAGGGCCAGUGCGAAGCCCCUUCGCCAGCAGCUCUCAUUACCUCUGCCGUUACCUACACGCUAAGCCGAAAGCUGUGUGUGCUGCACAGUACGCCCUGUUCGGCACAUGGCGGGUUGCAAACCGUGCCCCUUUAAGCCUCUCCCCACAGGCCGCCUCUGCGGGGCUGAUCCCCGGCCCCUCCCGCCCCGCCUGGCCCAGCGCUGCGGAGCGCCCGGCGGCGGCAUGGUGGAGGCCUGGUACAUGGACGAGUCCCAGGAGGACCAGCGGGCCCCCCACCGCCUGCGGCCCAACCGCGCCGUCGGCCUGGAGCAGCUGCGCCGCCUCGGCGUCAUCUACCGCAAAUUGGAUGCUGAUAACUAUGAGACUGAUCCAUGUCUGAAAGAGAUUCGGAGAGCAGAAAAUUAUUCUUGGAUGGAUAUAGUAACCAUACAUAAAGACAAGCUUCCAAAUUACGAGGAAAAGAUAAAAACAUUUUAUGAAGAACAUUUACACCUAGAUGAUGAAAUACGCUACAUCUUGGAUGGAUCUGGCUAUUUUGAUGUUCGAGACAAGGAUGACAAAUGGAUCCGGAUUUCCAUGGAAAAAGGAGACAUGAUAACCCUCCCUGCCGGCAUUUAUCACCGAUUUACUCUGGAUGAGAACGUCACAAAUCCAGCUUCCUCUCGUCAGCUCUAACUGCAAGUCAUUGCCACAUGAUAUCCAUAGCACCUCUUCUGUGACAGCUGCGUGAGAGCCAAGCCCUGCAGCUGUCCCUCACGGAAUUGCCCCCACCGUCGGUUGAGGUGGAGAUGGAUCCUUCCGUGUUGCCUUACUGUGUAUCUUCGUGGUGAUAGAGCAUAUCUGUGUCCAGCAGUGGCAUUUUUCAUGGGGGCUUAAUUCACCUUCAGGGAAAGAAGGAUUUAAGGGUCCAGAGCCACUACUUGCAUCUAGUGUGUGCUAGACUGGAUGCUGGCUUCACAGGAGGUGACCUGCUUUUGGAGGGUGUUUUUGGCAAUGGGAUUGUGAGACUGGCAUGUGGAGUCCUGAUCUGUGUGUCCAUCCUCGUGGGCUUUUAUAAAUAUGUUUGUAACCUCAGUGUUACCCCUGGAAAAUGGGGAAAUGUGUGCUGUGUCCUGUGUGGCAAAAUCCCAUCUCUGGCAUAGUCUUGAGAAUGGUAUGAUUUUGAAUCAGCUGUCCAGAUAGCAGUUACUGGAUCUGUAAAAAAGGGAUAUGCUGCUUUGGUGAAAAACGUGACUUUUCAUGUCUGCAUUUUGAGAUCCAGAGUGAAUCAGCUACAAUUGCUAGUUUAAGACUUUUUCUUUUCAUAGACAAAAUGUCAGGGGCUAUGGGUUGAAUCCACAAGAAGUCUUAUCUUUGCCCACUUCAGGAACUUUAGUACAGAAGUGCCAUCUUCAAAGUAAAAUCUUUAGGUUAUCCUAGACCCUUGCAUUUUGCAGCUACGUUCUUAAGGUACCUAACUUUUUCUUGACAUUGCUGAGCACCUGUGUGCAAGGUAAGCACUUGGCAGUGUUUACAAAAUAGGCAGGGUCUAAACCUGUAGCAUAGUUGACAGGAGAGGAGAGUUCCCCGUAACUCAGUGGUUGGAGCAUUUCUGCAGGAUGCAAAAUCCCAUUCUCUGCUGCCACAGCUGGACCUUUGCACUUGGUUUUCUUUUGGUUAGCUGGUGGCAGGGCCUGUUCCUUUUCAAAUCUGGGGACGUUUAGUUUGCCAUAGCAUUAUUUUUUGGCUAGUUUAUGCACGUACAGCUUUUAUGGCUCUCACUUUGAUGCCUCUGGUAUUCCUCAAAAGCACUUUGUAGCCAUCUUGGGUAUUCUGAUUGCUCUUGUUUAACUAAGCAAGUAGGAAUUAGAUGCUGCAUUGCUUGGUAUUGUGGAUCCAGUGCAAAAUGAUUUGCAUAAGACAGGAUUUUGUUGGUUUCUUUGAAACAGGGAGAAGUACUGUCUCUGCCUGACCUGGAGGCAUGGGUUGUGACACAAUAUAUCACUGCAUAGGUGCAGAAUCUCCCACUGCAGUAGCUGGGAGCAGGAACAACAGCGCAGUGGUACAAUUUUCUGGAACAUGUGAAGCUGUCAGUCCAUUUUGAAAUAGUUUCAAAAAUUGCUACAGAAGUGCAAAUAAAACCAUGAACAUCGGAAUUAAGAUCCAAUGGAAAGGAGCUCUUAAAUUACUUGUGACUUCUUAUUCUUUGACAGAAUUAUGUGAAGGCCAUGAGGCUAUUCGUUGGAGAACCCGUCUGGACAGCAUACAACAGGCCGGCUGAUGAUUUUCCUGCUCGGAAACAGUAUGUGAAGUUUUUGGCUGAAGAAGCACAGUAAUGAUGUCUAAGACCUGACAGGUGGAACAGCCCAGAGCCCUGUCAGAAUAAAUGUGACUGGCGGCUUUUCACUGAUUGUGUAUAUUUACAUAUAGGCUUAGAAUCACAGAAUCAUAGAAGAAUUUACGUUGAAAGGUCAUUUGGAGGUCACCUACUCAAACCCCCUGUGAAGUACCAGGCCAACUUUGAAGCUAGACAGUUACUCGAGACCUUGAGGUUUGGAAGCCUCCAGUGGUAAAGGUUGCACAGCCUGUCUGGGUGCCCAUUCCAGCACUUAGCUGCUCUCAUGGCCAAGCAUUUGUUCUUCAUGGCCAAAUCCCUGGUCGCAGCUUGCAGUUGUUGUCUCUUGCCCUUUCAGUGAAUGCCUGAGAAGAGUCUGGCUCUGUCUUCUCCACAGUCCCUUCUGUAGUAGAAACUGCAGUUCGGUCUCCUUUCAGCCUUCUCUUCUCCAGGAUAGACAAACUGGUGUCCUUAUCUGGGCUCUCUGCACCCCAAGUUGUUAAGGAAGAUGUUCAACAUGACUACUAAGGAAUGUCACUUGUGACCACUUGACAGUUAGCCUUGAACCACUGACUGUUUUGAGCCGAUGGUCCACAAGGUUUUCCACCCGCGUUGUAGUUCACCUCCUCAGUCCGAAUACGAGGCUAGUGUGGGGGACACUGUUGAAAGCCUUGCUGUGCUGAGGGUGAAUGACAUCUGCUGGGUGUUCCCCAUCACCUGGUGUUUCAUGUGCCUGGAAUGGCUUCUAUGAUAGCUUAUUCCAUAAUUUUCCUGGGGACUGAAGUGAGGCUGGCCAGCCUGUAGUUCCCCAGAUUCUCUUUCUUGCCUUUUUGAAGGUGGCUGUAUUGUUUGCCUUUUUCUGGUCAAAAAGAUUUCCUUGAUCACUGUGACCUUUCAAAGAUGCCAGCAGCCUUACAGUGACUUUAGCCACUUGCCUUUACAGUUGCUCAGGAAUCCAUUUUCUAACCCUUUUUUCCUUGAUAUUUCUGGCAGGUAGAAUUGGGAGAGGUGGGCUACAUUAAUAUUCAUUCUGCUCUGAAUCCAUGCUAAUGAACUACGUAGGAUUCUGUUUUUAAUUAAAGAAAAUAAACCUUGCUUCAUUCUUGUCUAAAAAUGUUCAUAAGAUAAAUUUGCAUAAUCGGCAUUUUAGUAUGCAUCUUCCCUAGUUCUGCCCUCGUACAUAAAGCUCUGGUUUUCUUUCACUAAAAUGUAGCAAUUUGCUCUUGUGAGUUAUUAAUAAAAUUACUUUGACUUGGG